UCUUUCUUUCUCCUCCAACCUUCUUCACAUUUAAAGAUAGCUCACCGUAAUGCAUGCAGUUAUUGUGUGCGUGAGAGAGAGAAACUUUAGUCUAUAACCAUUGUGAUAAGACUAGAAAAAAGGAAAAAAGAAUGGAGGUGGAGAGAGUACAAGCCAUAGCUUCUCAGUCCAAGUGCAUGGACACCAUCCCCUCAGAGUUCAUUAGGUUAGAGAAUGAACAACCAGCAACGACCACCUUACAUGGGGUGGUCCUUGAAGUUCCGGUGAUUGAUCUCAGCCACCCAGAUCUGGGAAAAAUCGUCCGGUCGAUCGCUGAGGCCAGCCGGGAGUGGGGGUUGUUCCAAGUGGUGAACCAUGGCAUACCAAGUAAAGCGAUUGAAAAAUUACAAGAAGUUGGGAAGGAGUUCUUUGAGCUCCCACAGGAAGAGAAAGAGGUAUAUGCUAAGCCUCAAGGGUCUGAGAGUGUGGAGGGCUAUGGAACGAAGCUACAGAAAGAAGUGGGAGGGAAGAAAGCUUGGGCUGAUCAUUUGUUCCACAAGAUAUGGCCUCCUGCUGCUAUUAAUUACCACUUCUGGCCUAAAAAUCCACCUUCUUACAGGGAAGCUAAUGAGGAGUAUGCCAAGAGGCUGCGUGUGGUGGCAGACAAGUUGUUUGAGAGCCUCUCAUUAGGGCUUGGGCUGGAAAGGGAUGAGUUUAAGGAAGCUGUGGGUGGUGAUGAUUUGAUUUACCUGAUGAAAAUAAAUUACUACCCACCAUGUCCUCGUCCAGAUCUGGCUCUGGGGCUGGUGGCUCACACAGACAUGUCCAGCUUCACCAUUCUUGUCCCCAAUGAGGUCCCAGGACUCCAGGUUUUCAAGGAUGAUCACUGGUAUGAUGUCAACUACAUUCCUAAUGCCCUCAUUAUCCAUAUUGGUGAUCAAGUUGAGGUAUUUCUUUUUUACUUUCUCUGUUUUUAGGAUUAACUGUUUUUUUUUGGGGGUUGGGGGUUGGGGGGUGGCUGGUGUCAUUUAAUUUACUCUUAGGAAGACUUACCCUUUGACCCCCUCAAAUAUUCAGCUUUUUGACUUUCCAUUCGACAAAGAAAUUGAAUUGGUUUCACACUGCUUCAAAACCUAACAGUGUAUUUGGAGGUGUAAGGUGAGAAAAGUGAUAGUUGAUGGACAAUGUGAGAUACGAGACAUAAUUAAUUUAUUAUUUCAGUCAUCAUCUAACUAGAAGAGUGUUACAGGUAAACUAAACCAAAUCAAGAAGAUCUUUAAGAGUUCAGACCUUAUUUUUACUUUUAAUAUACUUGGACACACAAUGACAGUCUUCCUACAUGCGAGAUAAGAUUAUUACGACUCUCUUGAUCCCCGUAGUGACCAAAAUCUCAUGCAUUGUGCUGCCAUUUGUUACUCUAAUUCAGCAGUUUCUUUGCUUUGACAGAUUUUAAGCAAUGGAAUGUACAAGAGUGUGCUGCACAGAACAACAGUGAACAAGGAUAAGACGAGAAUGUCCUGGCCGGUCUUCUUGGAGCCGCCACCAGAGCUUGAAAUUGGUCCAAUUCCAAAGCUUAUUACUGAGGAAAAUCCACCAAAAUAUAAGACCAAGAAGUAUAAAGAUUAUGUUUACUGCAAGCUGAACAAGCUUCCCCAGUGAAAUUAAGCCUGUGCUCCUUCGGCCUCUUUCCGUUCUCAAGAAUUCUAGACUCGUAGUAGCAGUAAUUCUUGUUGGAAAUAUAUGGUUUUAGAACAAUUAUUUUGAGUAACUUUGGGUUUAAAUAAAAAUGGGACCCAUAUCUCAAAAUUGAUGGCAUUAAAUUUAAAUGCAUUCUCCUCCACGAGGAGAUUAACAUGACAUAUUUAUUUGUUCAAAACUAUUAAAUAUUGAAUGAGAAAUUAUGUCUCAAAGCGGCCUCUCUUGAAUGGAUGGAAUGAACUAAGUUUAAUGAAGUGUAAUCUAUAAAGUUUGUCCUACAUUGGAAGAAGACAAAAAUUUUGGUGAGCUAAUAUACUCUUAAUUGGCUUCGUAGGUUGGGCCCCAACGGGUACCACACUUUUGUUAGCAGAGUGAGCAUCUACACAAUCUCGAUUACCACGCUCGCCACG